GAAUAAUCUAAUGAUAUGACAAUAACAUUCAACUUCGGUGGCCGUGCGGUUGUCGCCGGUGUAGCACUAAUACAAACUAGUCUUCAUCUAAAUGCUUCGGAGGCGAACUAUUUUAUCGAUCAAGAAGCGGCGGCGCGAUGAAUUUGAAAUUGAACAAUGAUCUGAGGGGCUCAGCGCACGUGUUGAGGGUGGCGACACCCCCGACGUCCUCGGUGAAGGAGGAGCGCCGGCGCACGGGCCGCUACAUCGCCAUCUUGGUGGGAAUCUCGCUAUUCCUGCUGGCGAUGUACCAUGCGUGGGUGCGCAGGAUUCCAAUCGUCGCCAGCCUGGUGGUGCCCGCGCUCAUCAUGUUCGUGUACGUCGCUUGGGUGCUUUACACCGCAUCUAGAGACAAACAUAGGUUACUGAUGCUGGACGCUGAGGCUGCGCUGGCCUCUCCGGACGCGGCCGAGAACGAUGCGCAGAUCUCUGAGCUAUCUCAGCACAACGACGCCACCACACUCUCCAGCAAAGAUAGCUCCAAGCCCAAUUCCCCAGAAGGCUCCAUUCACAAGGCCUGGCUCGAAAUAUCCCCAAUCUACAAAGAAAACAUGAAAACCGAGGCACCUCGCUUCAAAAUGCCCUUAAUACUAAUCAAUGAUAAACUUCCCGAGGAUUUGGACCAAAAAUGGAUACACAUUGUGGAGUCUAUCAAUAAUGAAAAAUUAAAAGGAUUUCCUGUAAAAAGAAGGUACAGGAGAAGGUUUUGCAGGAGAAAGCAUGUUGUUUUUAAGAGAUCUUAUUCUAUAGCUUAGUAAUACAUUAAAAUUGGUUUUGGAUUGGAAAUUUAUUUUAUUCGCUUUAGUCUUUCUGUUUUUCCCGAAGGUUGACUGCUGGUAGAGAAUGCUUUUAGCUUGCUUGUACCAAUUUUGGUGAAUAAAUAAAUAUAUUUUAUAUGUGUGAUAUGGCGAUGAUAAUGAUGUCCGACAAAUUUCGAUCAUGGCGGCAUUUCACAAAUGUACUCGUUGAACGCUUGCGUGUGGCUUAUGCAAGUAGCCAAUCUUAUUCGGGAACGUUCUCAUGCCUUGCGGGCAUGUAAGCAUAUCUUAUAUAAUGAAUAUUGUAGGUGUAAGUUUUAUUAUAAAUAUUAAGUAUAUAUAUUUUAGAUAUUGUAAUAAAAUAAGAAGAAGUUAAUUAUAUAGUUAUAAGUAUUUUAAAAUUCAACUAAAAAAAAGCUUAUGAAAGCAUAUUAAAGUAGGCACUGAAAAACCAAUUUGACCUGUUUUAAUUUGUCCACAAGAAUUAUGUCACCACAUAAUGAUUGCAUAUACACAAUUAGUCUAAAUUAAACUUUCUUCUUCAAGACAAAUUAAUUAAAACACUUAAUAUAACUUUUGCUGCAUUACAAAGCAUUGAGAUAUCUAAACGAAUUGGUUCGGCAUUGAAUACGAAUAAAUAAUAAUCUUGAAAUACAAAAUUUAUCAAAUUUAUACGACUUCGUUCAAUAGAACUGAUUUUAUAAUUUAAUUACUCUGAGAUUGCCUACGAUCGAUGGGUUCUACAAAACAUAGAAUGUAAAGGUACAAAAAUAACUUUAUACAGAUAUUUCGAUAAACAUUGAGUUGAAGUAUGUUUGAAUUGAAGGAAGAAUUAAUCUACAUUGUAGUUAUAGUAGAUAAUGUCGAAUUCAAUCUUCGGAAUAUACAGGUCCACAGAUUUCAAAAUGUAUCUCACCAAUAGAACGGAAUUUUGCGAUAGACAUAGAACCAAAACAUACGACAUAAAACGAUAAGAAUUUUAAUCCGUGUUUCAUUAAUUUAUUAAUAAAAACAAAACAGGCCUUCAACCGAAGCACGUUGACGACUUACCUAAGUAAAAUGAAAAGAAAAAAUUCUCUAAGUUUACUACAUAUACUUACUUGUAGUGGUGCUCUGGUAAUAAUUCCUAAUUGAUUAUUGCGGUUUCCUUUUAGCCGCAUUGCGGUAGCCAUAUCAUAGUAUUGUUGUGUUUCAAAUUGGUACGUAAGCUUCAGAUCUGUGAUUGUGUGUAAUGUACACCUACUAUUGCUUUUUAUUUUGUUGAGUUUUAUGUGUCGCACGCGUUAGGUGUAUCUGCGACAUUGGUGUACGUCGAUAAGUUAUCAAGUGAUUUCAAUAAAAAAGCUAAAGUUUUUAAACAGCUCGACAAAGCUAUGAAAUUGUAUGAAUGUAGAAUUGAACUGUACCUUUAAAUAAGUACAUUUUCAGAUCCAAACAAUAAUUAGAUUGGCAACUGGAAAUCAGAAUAGAAUGAUGCAAUUGCAGUCGAAAUAAAGAAACUUCAAAGCGACCGCAUUUGCAAUUUCUGUUUGAGCGUGUCAAGUGCAAUAUGUACUCCAAUUUGUCAUAGCAACGACAGAGCAUCAGCAUCAGAUCAGUACCAUUCCAAGAAGCUCAAAACAAAUUUUGAAUUCGUUUGAAAUUAAAACAAUAUUUCAAUUCACCGAGUAGGUACACAGUUAAAAAUGUACAAGUGUUAAGUCAUACUUUAUUGAUCUUAUACCAAAAAUGUUAUUUUUUUAAAUCGAUUGAUACUUAACAUAUGCUGUAUACAUACCAAUAAAAACUUGUCUAUUACGACUAGUCCAAGUGCAAGUGCCAAUUUUUUUAUUAUUA